AUGCCGAAGCUCCAUUGCCAACCAAGAGAAAAAUAUUUGAAAAACGGAACCCUCGAUUGUAGCCAACCACGGAAAAAAUGCGCAUGCUGCUAUGAUGAAGACUGCUUGUAUUUAACUAUUUAUAUGCCCAUUUCUUAUAAUCAAUCGAGGAACCUCCCCGUUGUUGUUUGGGCAGAUCACAAUGAAGUUUUGCAAUACCCAGACUUUUUCAUAGAAGAAGAAGUGGUAGUCGUCGUUGUUACUUACAGGCGAUUUAUUUUUGGUUUUCUAAAUACCGGAGACGAAUUUGCCGAAGGUAAUAUGGGUGCAAAAGAUAUCUUGAUGGCACUGAAAUGGAUUAAAAGAUACAUUAGAUCUUUUAAUGGUGAUCCAAAUAGAAUAACAGUGGCUGGAUUCCAAUCAGCGGCCACGAUAGUGUCAUCACUGAUACUUACUCCAGUCGCAGAAGGUUUAUUUUCCAGAAUUAUAAUCAUAGGCGGUAGUGCCCUCUCACCUGCAGAUUACAGAAACUAUAAUUUCGAUGUUAUGAACAAACUGUAUUGGAAUCUGAAUGGACCGUUUGAAAAGUUGAAUCGCACGAAUCUUUACCAAAUUCUAGCAAACUAUUCUACUAGUGAACUGAUGGUAGCCUCAGAAGAUCUCUUUGACAGUACUGAAGUAAGAGACAGCCAAAGACUAAUCAAUGCCUUCUGUCCAAGUAUCGAAGUGACUAAAAACACAUUUAUGAGUAAAGCUCCGAUAGAAGUGUACAAAGCUCGUCUAACAAACAAUAACGUAGAAGUUAUGAUAGGAUACACGAGUUUAGAGGCGCUGGUAAAAUUGAAAGGUUUUAUUCAAAAUAAAAAGCUUUUGAAGUAUUUAAAUUAUAACUUCCAAUAUUUAUUGCCGUUCGAAGGAACAAAGGACGAGUACGGAUCAAAGCGCUAUAGGAAGAUAAGGGAGAAAAUAAUGGAGUUCUAUUUCUUUAAUGGCACCAUUGGAGAAAGGAGCCUGAGACGAUAUGCAAAAUAUGUUUCGGAUCAAGUGAUUUAUCCGUUGCUCCGCCAGGCGCGACUCCAGGGCGACGCGUCGUGUAGAAACGUCUACUUGUUUAGGUUUGCGUUCAGAGGCGCCUUGAACGUUGCUUGGGAUUCUUCGGCGCGCCAUUUAAAUUGGUCUGGAGCGACGUCUGGGGACGAAAUCUGCUACCUAUUCAGAUGUAAAUCAGUCGGCGACGUGUACAAUAGCUACGAAGCGUCGAAUGAAAGGCUCUUCAUUAAGAAAAUCGCGCGGUUAUUGGCGAAUUUCGCUAAAUGCGGAGAUCCGACGCCCGUGAAAGAAGAUGAGGUUUUGGGAAAUUUGAAAUGGGAGCCUUUGCGAAGACGCGCGUCAAUUAGAGCACUGAAUAUGGGUCGCAGACUUAAAAUGGCCGACGUGCCGGAACAGCCACGAGUGAACUUUUGGGAUCAGUUAAAAAGUGAAUUAUUUUCGGAAAAACUUCGCAACGUGGAACUUUAA